UGCCGCAGCCCGAUAGCAUCUCCCUUUACCCUCUCUGUCGGCGUCUCACACCGGAGCGCAACGCCGAUCCCUUCGCUUCAUAUUGACCAAAAAGUAUCACUUCCAUCUGAAUAACAGUCGCCGUUGCUAUAACUACCACAGAGCGAUGGCUUCUCAAAGUUGGCAGUAUCCAACAGGUAGCGGUGACGGGUGUCGGCGGACGCGCUGGGCCCCUCCCUCAUCCUCCGCCGCCCUUGCCAACAUCACCGCAGGAGCCGCGGCGCUCUUCGCCCUGCGCGCCAGCUGUUUCGCACCGCUGCUCGCCCUGCUGUCUCUUUAGCUCGACGCCACGGCCGCCCUCGUUUUCGAUGCAGCAGCGACCAUGACAGGCAUCGCCGCCGCUUCCUUCUUUUCCAACGCUUGCACGUUCGGGGGCUGCGGACUCCACUUCGAAUCGCUGAGCGAACUUAUCGUGCACAUCGAGGACAACCACAUCGACACGGACCCCCGUCUUCUGGAGAAGCAGGAGCAGCAGCAGCCGACCUACGUCGCCCUCAGCUAUAUUAACAGGUUCAUGACGGAUGCUGCGCGGCGGGAGCACGAGGCCCAGAAGAAGAAGGGGCAGCCCAAGUUGUCCCUGUCGCUGACCAGCAGUCUGUCUCGCAGCAGCGUCUCCACCCCGCCUCGCCACGCCAGCGGCAACCUCACUCCUCCGGUCACCCCACCCAUCACCCCCUCCUCCUCCUUCCGCAGCAGCACGCCUACAGGUAGCGAGUGUGAUGAAGAGGAGGUAGACUAUGAGGAGUCGGACAGCGAUGAGUCGUGGACAACAGAGAGCGCCAUCAGCUCCGAGUCCAUCCUCAGCUCCAUGUGCAUGAACGGGGGGGACGAGAAGCCCUUCGCCUGCCCCGUCCCGGGCUGCAAGAAGAGAUACAAGAAUGUGAACGGGAUCAAGUACCACGCUAAAAAUGGCCACCGAACCCAGAUACGAGUGCGCAAACCCUUCAAGUGCCGAUGCGGGAAGAGCUACAAAACAUCUCAGGGCCUCCGCCACCACACCAUCAACUUCCACCCGCCCGUCUCUGCCGACAUCAUCCGCAAGAUGCAGCAGUAGGCCGGGAUG